AUGGGAACCGGGAAUGGGGAGCCAGGAAACGAGGGCGGGAAUGGGGGAGCCAGGAAUGGGAACGAGGGCGGGAAUGGGGAGCCAGGAAUGGGAACGAGGGCGGGAAUGGGAGCCAGGAAUGGGAAGGAAGACGGGAAUGGGGAGCCAGGAAUGGAACGAGGGCGGGAAUGGGAGCCAGGAAUGGGAAAAGGGACGGGAUGGGGAGCCAGGAAUGGGAACGAGGGCGGGAAUGGGGAGCCAGGAAUGGGAACGAGGCGGGAAUGGGGAGAGGAAUGGACGAGGGCGGGAAAUGGGAGCCCAGGAAUGGGAACGAGGGCGGGAAUGGGGAAAUGGGAAGAGGACGGGAAUGGGGAGCCAGGAAAUGGGAACGAGGGCGGAAUUGGGGAGGCCAGGAAUGGGAACGAGGGCGGGAAUGGGGAGCCAGGAAUGGGAACGAGGGCGGGAAUGGGAAAUGGGAAAGGGCGGGAAAUGGGGAGCAGGAAUGGGAACGAGGGCGGGAAUGGGGACGAGGGCGGGAAUGGGGAGCCGGGAAUGGAGCCAGGAAUGGGAACGAGGGCGGGAAUGGGGAGCCAGGAAUGGGAACAGGAAUGA